AUGAAUAGAUACAAGAUAAUCAAGCAGUUGGGGGAUGGGACAUAUGGUAGCGUAUGGAAGGCUACAAAUAGACAGACAAAUGAAGUGGUCGCAAUAAAGAAGAUGAAGAGGAAGUUCUACUCGUGGGAAGAGUGCAUGAACCUGCGAGAAGUCAAGUCUCUUAGGAAGCUGAACCACCCAAACGUGGUGAAGCUGAAGGAGGUGAUCCGCGAGAACGACGAGCUCUUCUUUGUGUUCGAGUUCAUGGAGUGUAACCUGUAUCAGAUGAUAAAGGACAAGGACAAGCUGUUCCAAGAGUCCAAAGUACGCAACUGGACCUACCAGGUCCUGAACGCGCUGGCCUACAUGCACAAGCAUGGCUAUUUCCACAGAGACCUCAAGCCUGAAAACCUGCUGGUGACGGGAGGUACCAUCAAGAUUGCCGACUUUGGCCUGGCCCGGGAAGUGCGCUCGCGCCCGCCCUACACCGACUACGUCAGCACGCGCUGGUACCGCGCCCCUGAGGUCCUGCUCCAGUCGUCCUUCUACAGCGCACCCAUCGACAUGUGGGCCAUCGGGGCCAUCAUGGCGGAGCUCUUCACGCUGCGCCCGCUGUUCCCUGGAGCCAGCGAGGCCGAUGAGCUGUACAAGAUCUGCCACGUGCUUGGCACCCCCAAUCACCAGAGCUGGCCCGAGGGCAUGAAGCUGGCGAGCGCUAUGAACUUCCGCUUCCCACAGUUCGACACCACGCCUCUCACGACCCUCAUCCCUUCGGCAAGCCCGGAAGCCAUUGACUUGAUGACUUCUCUCUGCCACUGGGACCCCAACAAGCGGCCCACCGCCGCCCAGGCUUUGCAGCAUCCUUUCUUCCAGCUGGGGCAAGUCAUCCCCCCCAGCCUCUCCCGCCGGGAGAGCAUGCACUCCAGCCAGGGCUACCCCAUGGACGCCCAAGACGCCGCUUACGCCGAGGCGCUUCUCGCCAAGGAACGCGCCCGCGCCAGCGAGCGCGCGCGCCUCGAGGCGGCCGUCCAGCAGGCGGCCAAUCCUAUGCUGCCAGCUGUCCCUGGAGCUGCCAAGUACUCCAGCACCAUGGCCCAGGCGACGGCGGCCGCUGCAGCAGCGGCGGCAGCUGCCCCGAAGGUCGUCCUCGCCCCCGCGAAACCCCUCAACCCUUCUGUUCCGAACAUGGGGUACGAGGUGAACGGGAGCUACGUGCGGCAGGCGCGCUACCGUCCCGGCGUGACAGUCCAGACCUUGCCGCCCCUCGUUGCAGCUGGAUAUGCCAACGUGGUGCCCUCUGUUCCCAAGGCCGAAGUGUCUUCCGUUUACCAGCCGCCCAGGAACAACGCUGCCGUCAUGCCAGCUGGCAACCCGGUCGCCGCACAGUACGCUGGACAGUAUGGGGUGCGCCAGUACGGCGCUUUCCCAGUGGCCGGGUCCGCACAAGCAUACGGACAGGCGUACAGCCAGGCUGCCUACCAGCAGAACGCGUUCCGCUAUCUGGCGCAGCCCGAUAGCCGCGUGGCAGUCGGCGCCCCGGCCGAUCGCCGGAGGUACUAGGAGAGGCGCUGGUUGUGGCUGGCGGGAUAAUCCUGGGUGUGAGGACGUAGAGGAGCGGUGGUGGACACUGGAAUCCGGGUGAAUGCGGUCUGAGGGAGUGCAGUGGCUGCCAGUUCGGGUGGCUAUGCGAGCCGUUUCGGCAAUGGGAUCGGGUUUGGGUAGCAUGCGUGACGUGCAUUUUCUUUUUCCUUAGCUGCACAUGGUUAUGGGGUGAUUGGUCGCUGAGAAAGUGGUCGGGUCGUUUGUGAUGUCGUCAGUGAAGGCUGGGUGUGAUAGCGGCCAUGUACUGUAAGAUCCGCGGAUGUGUACAAGUCGGCAGAGUCAAUGGUUUGGGUGGUGGGAGCAGGACUUGAUUGAGUUGUAUGUAGGUAACGAAUAAAAGUACGCCAGUCAGGACGUAUGGAAAAACAGCAGGGUCCAGACUCCAAAGUAGGACCCAAGGCGUAUAAAGCCGAAGUCACUCGCCUCAUAGUGAUAAACUAACCAUCUAGGUUUGCUCAGUCGUAGUGCAGAGGCUAAUUUUGAUCUGAGCUAAGCACGAGCCUGAGCAAGCAUUAUAGAUACGCGGCAAGGACCUUUUUUGCGUGUCCAAGCCGAACCAGAGUCGAUGUCAUCAAUCAAAAGCGGUGGUUAUUGAGAAAUGCACAUUCAACCGGGUUUGUUUGGUAUGCUUCCUAUCCUGCUGUUCUGGCGGUGGUUGU